AUUUUCAACACCUGCAAAAAAUCAAAAAUGCAAUACAAAUCGUAACCGAAAUUUCCUUUGCACUUCGACAUAGAAGAUAAUAGAGUGGAGUUCUGUGCUUGAGACAAGAGCGAACUGAAUUCAUCAGUUUGAUACAGAUGGCAUUGGAUUCUUGACGAUCUACGCUCGUAUGAAAACAAAUUGAAAUAGAGGUUAUGUUAUUUUAAAGAAGCCUUACUGUGGACUGUAGUACAUUAGUUGGUUAAAAAUAUAUUUGCAUAACGUUUUUUAAUAUUGAAUAACCUACAUACAUCAGAUAUGACUGAUGAGGAAGUGAUAAGAAGAAGGCUAUUGAUCGAUGGUGAUGGAACGGGAGAUGAUCGUAGAUUGAAUGUUCUGCUAAAGACAUUUAUAAAAUGGUGCAACACUCCAAUCGAUAAUCCUAGUGAAAGUCAACUAAGCCAAGAUCGUAUGCUCGGUCAGCUCUCACAAUGUGAGUACACCUUUUCAAAAUGUCGUCUACUGUCCACUAUGUGCGAUGCUGAACUAGAGAACUACAAAAACCUGUCGACGCAGAUCGCCAGCGACAUAGAGAAAGCCAAGGAGGAGAUAGAAACGACCAAGACCAAGUUCAAGGAAGCGAAAACUAUUCGCAAGAACCGGGUCGAGUAUGAAGUGCUGGCGAAAAUCAUCAACGAGCAGCCUGAUAGAAAGCAGACUUGUGAAGUUCUGUCGCAGAUUCAGAAAGAACUCAGAAAUUUGGAAGAAACGAAGGCUCAGUUGGAUAAGAAAUGGGACCUGCGAAGAAAACAAUUUCACGUUCUUGUCAGUUCAAUCCACCAACUCCAAGGACUUCUUGAUGAGACUGAAAGUGAUGACGGCUCCAUUACUAGUAUGGACUGGGUUUAACAAUUAUUAUAUUUAUUUGUUUCCAACUUGAGCCAGUUAUCCUCUCAAUACAAUUACUUAAAUAUAGCAAUAUCUAUUCUCAACGUUGGUUUUGUAAAAUUAUCGCUCAAGAAAAAUAAAAUUAUGAUUCAUAUUGAAUGAAGUAUAAAAAAUUGAUUUGUAUAAUGUGUUAUUGAUUUGUGCUAUUAGAAAGUUCAUACUUA